AUGCCAAUCCAAAUCCUCCCCCUACAACAAGAAGACAUCCCCGGCGUCGUCGACUGUAUCCAAGAAGGCUUCGCCGACGACCCAUACCAUCUAUGGGUCUUUGACGGUUCAAAGUUUAACAAAGACAGGAACUCAAGUUCUCUCACUGCAAGAUGUUUAUGGGGGAUUAAUAAUGCUUUGUUUUAUGUUGCGAAGGAAGUUGGCCACCACCAACAAGAAGAAGAUGAUAAUGGUGAUGAUGACAGUCAACAGAAACAGCAGCAACAGCAACGGGAUGGGAGGAUUGUGGGCGUAUCAUGUUGGCUUGCGCCGCAGCCCGCUUCUACACCCCAAAGCUGGUAUGCAUGGUAUCAACUCCAGCUUUUGUCGUUGAGGCAAUUGAUUACGAACAUCCGCUUCCUCGGCCACGGCGGCUUGAUUACGCAGCGGUACUGGAUAUGGAAAGAGCAACAAACAGCCGCCCAGCAAGAGAUAUGGACUGAUAAAGAGCGGGGUUAUUACUUUUGUAAUAUGGUGACUGUCCGCCCCGAUGCUCAAGGGCAAGGGAUUGGGAGACAGUUGUUUGAAGUGGUGAUGGAUCAAGCCGAUAGGGAAGGGGUCAAGUGUUAUUUGGAGAGUUCGAAGGGCGAGCCGAAUGUGAAGAUUUAUGAGAAGUUGGGGUUUGGGUUGGUGAAGGAGAUUGAUUGUGCGGAUGGGGGGGAUGUUUGUCGGUUGUUUUGCAUGGUUCGGGAGCCAAAGGGUGAUAAAUCUUGA